AUGUCGUGGCAGAGCUCCGAUCGUGAUUCCACGAGGGCUUGGGAAGAGGACCAAUGGUCUUGGAAUUCUUGGGGCCAGGGGUGGGAUUCUUGGUCAUGGGGUGCUACUACGUCUUGGCAGUGGGAUGGUGAUUGGAGCUCUUCAGGGGCUCAUGGUUAUUAUUCUGCUGAUGAGAAAGGCCCUCUAGCUGAUGAGAGUGCAAAGGUGCAGCAGAUCCUGAAAAGGGGUCACACAGUUGAUCAGCUUUCUACUGCAGACCUGCAACUUGUAGUGAAGCAUAUCGACAACUUGCAGCAGCAGCAGCAGCAGCAGCAAGCAGAGCAGAAGCAGCAGCGAGCAGAGCAGAAGCAGCAGCGAGCAGAGCAAAAGCCAGCUGCAGAUGCAGCUUCAACGAAGCUUGGGAAAGAAGAAGCAGGUGCUGAGGCUGACAAGGAGGAUGGUGAGCUGAAAGAAUCGGAGAAGCCUAAAGCAAAGAGCAGCGCCGAUGCCCGAUCUGUGAUGUUCGAGGCACUUAAGGAAACCAAGGAGGCGGACCCCGAACGCAGUUUGACAGAGGUUCGCAAAUGGCCGGAGUGCGAGGACUUCGUCCAGUACCUCUGCCUUGUGGACUCGACAGAGGAAGACUGCGAUGAAGAGGAGUUUGAGCAGAUCUUGGAAGCCCAGGCCAUGAGUCCAGAGGAGGCUGAAAUCCAGAAGGCCCAGCAGGAGAGAAAGACGAAAGCCAACAAGGCCCUCACGAGAGCAACAGAGAAGAUCAAGGUCAGUACAAAGAUUGAGCAGGAGGGCAGUGUCGAGGGGAUGUCAGCGCAGAAAGUGCAAGAAGCCCGUGGCCAGCUGCAGGGCGCGGUGGAUCGCGAUGAGGUGGAUGAUCCCAUGGACAACCUCAUCAGCACCCUGAGCUCCAUGUGUGAGACGUUCGACAAAAUCCACAAGGAUUUCCAGAGAUCCGAUGAUGAAGAUGGUGAUACUGCCAGUGGUCUAUUGCAGAACAUCUUGGAGCGGGUCUCCAAUGGAGAGUCUGGCAGGAACUUCAAGGGCAAGAUUAUGUCUGGAUUAAUGAAAUUCAAACCUGGCAACGAUGCGCGGGACUUCUUCAGGAAAGUCAA